AUGGCGAAUCGGACGGACCCCCUCGCAAAGACGGUGCAUGGCACCAAUCCGCAGUUUCUGCUUGAGAAGAUUUUGCGUAAUCGAAUCUACAACAAUCCGUAUUGGAAGGGCGACUGCUUCGGUCUCACUGCCGAGGGGCUCGCCGAGAAGGCCAUGGAGCUGAAGAAUUUUGGAGGCACGUAUGGAGGCAAUCGCAAGCCGACGCAUUUCAUGUGCCUCGUGCUCAAGAUGCUCCAGAUCCAGCCCGAACGCGAGAUCGUGCACGAAUUCAUCAAGAACGAGGAACACCGCUACGUGCGCAUGUUGGGCGCAUUCUACCUUCGUCUCGUCGGGAAGCCGCAGGAGAUCUACAAUCUGCUCGAGCCGCUCUACGUCGAUUGGAGGAAGGUCAGGAAGAAGGUCGAAUCGGGCGGCAGCCAGAUCACGCACGUCGAUGAAUUCAUCGACGAGCUCCUCCACGCCAACUACUCGUGCGACGUCGUGCUGCCCUUCCUGCCCAAGCGCUACACGCUCGAACAGCAGGAGCUGCUUCCGGGUCCUCGACGCAGCAUGCUCGAGGAUCUCGAGGACCUCUCGGGUACCGAAGACAAUGGGGACGACGAUGACGACGCAGACGACCGUCGCGGGGCCGAUCAGCGACGCAGCGACGACCGCAGCCGCAGCCGCAGCACGGCAAGAGAGAAGGAGGAGCGACAACAGCGAGGAAGGCGGGACCGCGACGAAGACGAGGACAGGCGGUCAUCGCCCAACAAUGGAAGACGCGACGAGGAGCGCAGCCGGAGGAGGAGGGACGACAACAGCCGUGAGCGCGACGAAGAGAGCCGAGACCGGCGACGCAGGGACGACCGAGACCGCGACAGCAGACGUGACAGCCGUGAGCGCGACGAAGAGAGCCGAGACCGGCGACGCAGGGAUGACGACCGCGACCGCGACCGCGACCGUGACAACGACCGCGACCGCGACAGGGACCGCAGGGACCGCGACCGCGAUCGGGACUACAGGGACAGGGACAGAGAUCGCGACCGCAGAGACAGGGACCGGGACCGAGACCGAGACCGACGCAGCAGGUCGAGGAGCCGAGAGAACAGGAGAGACCGCGGGCGCGAUCGAGACCAGGACCGGGACCGGGAGAGAAGAAGGAGAAGAGACAGCAGGAGCAGGAGCAGGUCGAGGGACAGGGACAGCGACGAUCGGCGAGACAGGAAGAGGAGCAGGAGUGCGGAAGUGGAGAGGAACAGGAGUGAUAAGGGAGAAGACGAGACGAGCAGGGACAACAAGAAGGCGAAGCACCAGGAAGACGAAGCAUCGACGUCGAACGUCGCACAUGGGGAAGAAGAAGAGAAGAACCCCAGAGAGGAAGGCGAGCUGGCGGCUUGA